AUGGUGGAGAUUUGGCAAUCGAGAGCUAGGGUUUUGUGGGAGCUGCGGGUUCUUGAUGGACAGAGUGGUGGUAGCAAGAUCAUGCUUGCUCUGGUUGAUUAUGGUGGUCCAUCCCCUGAGGUUUAUUUGUGCAAAUAUGGAAGUUUCGAUACUUGUCAUGACGUGCGAUUACUGAUGAAUUACUUUUUCUUAAAAGUGCCAUCUGAUUGCCUUUACUUGCAUUGGGUAACAGGUGAUGCUUUGCAUAAUUUAAGGAUCAAUUUAGAGGACCCAAACAAUGUGCUACAGAGCUGGGAUCCUACACUAGUCAACCCGUGCACGUGGUUUCAUGUUACGUGCAAUAAUGAUAAUAGUGUUAUAAGAGUUGAUCUUGGCAAUGCUGCUUUGUCUGGUCAGUUGGUCUCACAGCUUGGCUUGCUGAAGAAUUUACAGUACUUGUAA